AACUCCACGCGGGGCGGCCGCGCGCUCGCCCGCCACGCGAAAACCACUUGUUUGAGCAUACGUUUAAAGCUCAUUUUACAUCAACAAGUCUUCAAACCAGUUAACAGUGAGAUAAAAUCAAGCAAACCCACAGGAUAUUGCGACGUCGUCCGUAACCAGACAUGGAGGAGGAGUGCGAAGAGGCCCCCUUGCCGGCGAGGCACCGCCCCGAGGGGCUAAAGGAGCUUGCCCGGGGCUCCAAGUUUACCGCGAGAGAGAUCCAACUCAUGUACCGGGGCUUCAAACAGGAAUGUCCGUCAGGUGUGGUCGAUGAGGAAUCCUUCAAGCAUAUCUUCUGUCAAUUCUUUCCUCUAGGUGAUGCCACGCACUACGCCCAGCUAGUGUUCAACACUGUCAAACACAAGCAGAGCGGGAAAAUCAACUUCGAGGAGUUCCUGGAGAUCCUGUCCCGCGUGGCCCGAGGGUCCGAGCAGGAGAAGCUCGCGUGGGUCUUCAGGCUGUACGACGCGGAUGGAGACGGCAGGGUCACCAGGCAGGAGAUGAUCAAAGUUGUCCAGGCCAUUUACGAGUUGGUGGGGGCAGCGGCCCUCCCCCCCGCGCACCCCGCCGCUGCGCAAGACCACGUCGACAGGAUCUUUCAUCUGAUAGACACGAACGCAGACGGAGUGGUGACCCCCGACGAGCUAGCUCGCUGGUGCGCGCGCGACCCCGCGCUGCGUCGCUCUCUGAACACCUUGGAUACCGUGCUGUGACCCGCGGCCUCGGCGCAUAACAGCAACGAAGCUUGCUGUUCCGAUGCGCCUGCCGACCCUACAACCCCCUGCUGCGCAACCCCUGCAACCCCCGUGACCUCUGCGAACCCCCCGAAGCGAGUACCCCCUCCUGUGCCCGCC